AUGCUUCCCACCGAGAACAAUAAUCCACGAGAGUCUGAAGACGAAGACGAAUCGUUUAGUUUCGUUUCAAACGAAGACGAAUCGUUUGAUUUCAUUUCAUACGAAGAUUGCGGUGAUGAAGAAGAAAUGAGUGAAAAUGAUUCAUUUGGGAAUCAUUCAGAUCCAGAGGAAACGUUUAAAAGCGUGGUUGCGGAAAUUUUCAAAAAGGAAAAUUAUCGGGUUCUGACUCUCAAGCAGCUGGAAUCAAAUCUGCAACAACUGGUUUUAGACGUCGACGAUGUGCUUGAGUUAGGCUAUGAACAGUCUCUGAAACUUCUUCAAAAAUACGAAUAUGACAAAUAUGUGCUUCUGGAACAAAGAUAUACUAAAGAAGACGCUCUCAGAAUAGUUGAAGAUCUUCGAAAUAGCUUCGGAAAUUUGGAUAUUUCAACUAAAUCUUCCGAUUGUCAAGCAUGGAUCAACGAUUAUGUGAAUAAGAGCACUUCGUUGAAAUGGUGUCCAAGAGAUGGAUGUCCCCUUGCCGUUGAGGCUGAAUACGCUGAAAUUAGCACUGUCAAAUGUUUGUGUUCAUUUGAAUUCUGUUUCUCUUGUGAUCGGGCACCGCAUGACCCAGUCCCCUGUUAUCUACUGGCUCAUUGGUUGGAAAAUGACAAUCAUGAUUCACUGAAAAUGAUCAUGUGCGAAUCGAAACCAUGUCCAAAGUGCCGAGUUCGUGUUCAAAAUGAAAACGAAAAAUCGAAAAGAUGGAGGCGUGUGAUGUGUCCGAACGUGGAAUGCCAUUCUCUAUUUUGUUGGCGGUGCGGCGUAUUAUCAGAUGAAGUUCACUACGAUUGCCAGAAUUAUGAACGACCGUUUGAUUACGAGCGUGAGAAGUUGGAGAUGGAUUUCAGAAGAUAUUCUCGUUAUCAUAAAUUGUUCGAGGAACAGAGAUUAAACCUGGAGUUGGAGGGAAUACUCCGCGACCAAAUUCGAGAUAGCCUUUUUCAAUAUCUUCAAGAAGCGCUAAACAAACUUCUGGAGUGUUUCAAAACUCUGAUGUACUCGUAUGUUCUGGAGUUUUACCUCAAUGAGAAAUCCUAUACGGAUACUCUCGAACAAACUCUAAAAUAUCUUCAAGACGAUUGUGUCAAACUACUGGAAGCAUUCGUGGACCUGCAGGAUGAUUAUUCGGAAGAAUCAAUAAAGAGUAUGCAAGAUUUGUGUGUAAAUGCAGUGAAGAAACGAGACAGCCUCUUGAUGAUCUGUGCGGAAGAAAUAAAGAAUGAUAAUUGGACAUUCGAUGAGCACAAAUUUAUUGAGAUGUGA